AUGGAAUCUGCAAGGAUCGAACCUAAAGACUUCUCGCCCCAAAUUAUAAACGGUGAAGACUUGGUUAAAUAUAUUCCUGGUUUAUAUCGUUUAUUAGACUUACACAAAGAUGAUGAUUCGAAUGGAUUAUCUAAAAAAACUAUGCGAAAGUCAAUUUCUGAGAUCAAUUAUACAAAAUUGAACUCAAUUUCUGUUCGCCUUAUUGGAUGUUACGGAAAUCGCCAUUUAAUUGCAAAACUCUUGUUGAAUUUAGAGAUUAUUAAUCAACAAAUUUAUGAAUUGCUUAUAGUCUCGCAUACUUCUUUCGACUACUCAAAUAAACCUUUUUUACGUCCUGGUAUUUACUUAUUGGUUGUGAAUCCAGACUUUAGUUUAGUUAUUCAUUGGCCCGAAGUAGGAUGUUACGAGGAAAAUUCUCCUUCACAAUGUAAAAAGAAUAUGACUAACCUACAUAGAUAUUUGACAAAGGUUACCGAGCAUCAGCUUUGCCAUAUGAGUGAUGAAGACUUAGAAAGUUUCGAUUGGAAUUUAUACAAUACCGAUGUUGAUUCAGACGACGAUAAAAGGGUGGAUUUAUUCGAUAAUAUAAAAACCGAAAUACAAAAUACUCAAGAAGAUGGUGUACCCUUGCAUCCUAUUGUUAUUGAAUCUGCUACAAAUAAAUCGUUUGCUACUCGUAAAUUAACAAAGAAGACUUCAUGUAUGCGAGAAUUAAUUAUAGCAAUUAAUGAAUGGGAAUUUUCACAAAAGCUUCAGUCUAGUUUAAAAGAACGACGAUUAUAUAUUGAUCGUAGAACAAUGGACAUGAAAUCAUUAGAAAUCUUGAUUAUACAUGGUCUAAAAAUGGAGGAUGAACUUUUGGGAUUAUUUCGUAGAAAACAAGAAUCAUGA